CUUGUAUUUAAGCCGGAGCAGAAUUGUUGACAACGAUGCUGAAGCUCUAGCACUGUGUAUAAAAGAUGGGAUUCAAAUCUUAUGCAUCGAUCGAACUGGUCUCAGCGACAUCGGAUUCAGUUAUAUCAGCCAAGUUAUACAAGGCUUAGGCAAUCCGAUAAAGCAGUUGAACCUGACCGAGGUGCACAUGACUGAGUAGAAGGUCGCUCUUCUGUCUGCUUGCAUUCAUAACGUGGAUGAAAUUUGGACAUAAAGAUCGCUGAAGGAGUAGAGAGAAGAGACUAUCCAGUAAGUUAUUACCAUUAUUUAAGGGCGAGGUCUUGUUAUCUGUUAAAGCCUGUAUGUUUACUCUACUAUAUAAUCCUAAACUGGUAUGGCUCGUCUGAUAUGGGGAAUGUCCUUUGAUCGUAUAGUAAUCCCAUACAUUGUUAACAAAUCUGCAGUAUUCCCGCUUUAUGAAUACAGUUCCGUUGGUGAAAUUGUGUUAUUUGUCCUUCUUCUUAACAAUGCUGACAGAUAAAAAGAUGAUUAAUAAAAAUGUUAACUUUCCAGAUGUCGUUAAGCUUCGGACAUAACGUUGUAACAGAUGAGGCGGCGCGUGCUCUUGCCAGUUGCGUGAAAAACAUUCGCCGAUUUUACGUCCAUAAGUGUCAUUUGUCGUUAACAGGCACGAGAUAUAUUGCAAACGCUAUCAAAGACCUAACAUCCCCGAUUGAUGACUGGUACCUUCACGGCAACAAUAGCAUGGGUGACGCCGGGGCAGAACUGGUAGCAUCUUGUCUUCAUAACAUAACUGAUGAAAUCAGGAUGGACGGCUGUGGGGUGACUGUAGUAGGUAUGGCUAAAAUAGUAGAAGCCAGAAAUGCUCUUGAACACAAACCAGAUGUUUAUCUUGGUUACAUCGAAGGAAAGGGAGACGUGACGCUUAUUGAUUAGGACAGUUAAGGCAUUUCGAAACCGUUUCAGAAUGAUGCCUUUGUUAUGUAGCAACAUACGAUUUGUGCUUUGCGUUAACAUUGCGUAUAACGGGUGCAAUCAUGUUCUACUAAUCUACUGUGGGGUAAGAUGGGAAACUUUUAGCACAUAUA